AUGGAUGAUAUUGGUUGUGAAAUCCUUCGUGUUACACCCAACUCACUCGCUGCACAUCACACUACACCUCACCCACACACCACACACACCACCCACACACCACCCACACAGCCACACACCUCACCCACACACACACCACCCACACACCACCCACACCUCACCCACACCUCACCCACACACCACCCACACCAUAACCAACACCUCAACCAUACCACACAACACUUUAACCCACACCUCACACACACACCACACCUCACACACACCUCACACACACACUCACCCACACACCACCCACACACCACCCACACACCUCACCCACACCAUAACCAUACCACACAACACUUUAACCCACACCUCACACACCACACCUCACACACAAACCACACCUCACCCACACACCACCCACACAGCCACACACCUCACACACACACCACCCACACCAUAACCAACACCUCAACCAUACCACACAACACUUUAACCCACACCUCACACACACACCACACCUCACCCACACACACCACACCUCAUCCACACCACACACCUCACACACACACUCACCCACACACCACCCACACACCUCACCCACACCAUAACCAUACCACACAACACUUUAACCCACACCUCACACACCACACACACACCACACCUCACACACAAACCACACCUCACACCACACACACACCUCAAACACACCACACCUCACCCACACACCACCCCACACCUCACCCACACACACCACCCACCCACACACCACCCACACACCUCACCCACACCAUAACCAUACCACACAACACUUUAACCCACACCUCACACAUCACCCACACCUUACACACACCUCACACCACACACACCACACACACAACUCACCUAUAUCACACCCAUUCUCUCCCACCCCAUUCCCACCGCAGACAGACAAGUCGUGUGAUGAGAGCUGUUGAAUCUUUGGCUGGGCGGGCGUGCGGCUGGGGGGGGAAGACGAAAAAUAAAUGGGUUGGGGUGGUGUGGAAAACCACGUGGAGAGAGAUGGUGACCUGUAACGGGUGGAAGCGCGUGGUGGUGGUGUUGGUGUUGCUGCUGGUGGUGGUGUUGUUGCUGGUGGUGUUGCUGGUGGUGGUGCUGGUGGUGUUGUUGGUGGUGUUGCUGGUGGUGGUGGUGUUGGUGGUGGUGUUGCUGGUGGUGGUGGUGUUGCUGGUGGUGGUGGUGUUGCUGGUGGUGGUGGUGUUGCUGGUGGUGGUGGUGUUGCUGGUGGUGGUGUUGCUGCUGGUGGUGUUGCUGGUGUUGGUGGUGUUGGUGGUGUUGCUGGUGUUGGUGGUGUUGCUGCUGCUGCUGGUGUUGGUGGUGUUGGUGGUGUUGCUGCUGGUGUUGGUGGUGUUGCUGGUGUUGGUGGUGUUGCUGCUGCUGCUGCUGGUGGUGUUGCUGGUGUUGCUGGUGUUGGAAUGUUGA